CAAUUAUUUGAAGGAAAUGAAAAUAGAAAAUGAAAAACACCUCGCCCAACGACAACGACCACGACCACGAGUAGAAUUUCCAAUUUUUUAAAAUCACAAGAGCCUCAAAAUUCCAUCUUGUUGUUUACGGCCACUUGCACAGUUGUUCUUCUUUGGCUUGGUCUCAUCGCCCCGCAGAACUCAACUCAACUGACCAUGCUGUACAAUCAGCACCGCCAUAGCAACCCCUCCUCAGCCAGGGUGGACUGAUAUGAAGCCCCACGCUCACGGUGGAAUCGGCUUCACCUCCGCGCCCCUCCUCCAUUUGAAUAUUACCGAUUAUUCUGCUAGGCAAUGUCCGGCGCGCCGUCGUGGCGUCUCUCCCGCGGAAUUUUCAUUGAACAAAUUUUGUAGCAAUUGCAGUUGUAAGAUUCCGUCUCCGAAGGUUUUAGGUCACAAGCGUCGCCAUAUAAGCGUCUCCUUCACCUGCCGUCAAGCUCCAGCUGACGAUGGCGGAGAAUUUUCAGACAUUCCGGCGCCUAGAAGGCGUGACGUGCUUGUGGCGCCUUUCCUUGCAAUUGGAGCUUGCGUUCUUCGCUCCGCGGUGGCCAGAGCGGAUGAGAAACCGCCGGAGGUAGCGACACCGGCGGUCGAGAGCGAGUCGGUCGGUACUAAGCCGCCGGCGAAGGCUCCGGUGGAGGAGGUUAUAACUUCUCGGAUUUAUGAUGCUACGGCUAUUGGCGAGCCCAUGGCGGUGGGGAAGGACAAGAGUAAAGUAUGGGAAAAGAUGAUGAACGCAAGGAUCAUAUAUUUAGGGGAAGCUGAGCAGGUUCCAGUUCGUGACGACAAGGAAUUGGAGCUGGAGGUUGUGAAGAAUUUGAGGAAAAGAUGUGCCGAAGCAGAGCGGCCACUCUCUUUGGCUUUGGAGGCAUUUCCUUCCAAUCUUCAGGACCAGCUCAAUCAGUACAUGGACAGGAAGAUAGAUGGAGAGACGCUACAAUCUUUAGUGACACAAUGGCCUCCUGAGCGCUGGCAGGAAUAUGAGCCUCUGCUCACUUACUGCCGUGACAAUGGCAUUCGGCUGGUCGCAUGUGGAUUACCUCUGGAGGUCCUCAGAACCGUGCAAGCUGAAGGAAUUCGUGGACUCUCAAAAGCUGAUCGGAAAAAGUAUGCUCCUCCAGCUGGUUCAGGCUUUAUCUCAGGAUUUUCUUCCUUGUCACGGAGAUCAUCUCUGGAUGCAAAUUAUGCAAAUCCAGCUGCUUCUUUCGGGCCUAGUUCAUAUUUAUCACUGCAAGCAAGAGUUGUUGAGGAGCAUACGAUGUCUCAGAUUAUCUUGCAAGCCGUGACAGAUGGUGGAAGUACGGGUAUGCUUGUUGUGGUGACAGGUGCCAGCCAUGUUUUAUAUGGAUCAAGGGGGACAGGAGUCCCUGCUAGAAUUUCAAGAAAGAUGCAAAAGAAAAAUCAAGUUGUUAUACUACUUAACCCUGAAAGACAACAGAUACGGAGAGAGGGAGAAGUUCCUGUUGCUGAUUUAUUGUGGUACUCUGCUGCCAGACCUUGCAAUAGAAAUUGCUUUGAUCGGGCUGAGAUUGCCCGUGUUAUGAAUGCUGCUGGCAGAAGGCGAGAUGCACUGCCCCAGGAUCUUCAAAAAGGACUUGAUCUUGGUCUGGUAUCUCCGGAAGUGCUUCAAAACUUUUUUGAUCUGGAGAAAUAUCCCCUUCUGUCAGAUCUAAGUCAUCGUUUCCAGGGUUUCAGAGAAAGACUGUUAGCCGAUCCCAAAUUUUUACACAGAUUAGCCAUAGAAGAAUCUAUAUCAAUAACAACUACUCUUUUGGCACAAUAUGAAAAGCGAAAAGGAAAUUUUAUGAAGGAACUUGAUUAUGUUAUCACCGACACUUUGAGGGGUUCUGUUGUCGAUUUUUUUACAGUGUGGCUUCCUGCCCCCACAUUAUCGUUUCUGUCCUUCACUGAUGAUUUUGGUGGAACUGAUAGCAUUGAUGGGAUAAAGGGCCUGUUGGGUGCUAUACCUGACAAUGCUUUUCAGAAAAGUGUGGCUGGGAAGGACUGGAAUCUUAAUCUUAGAAUUGCAUCUGUGUUGGUUGGAGGUCUGAAAUUAGCUGGUGUCGGAUUUAUUUCUAGCAUUGGAGCUGUAGCUUCAUCGAACAUGAUUUUUGGAAUUAGGAAAUCAUUAAAUCCAGCCCUUGCCAUCAGGCAGCAAAUUAAACGCUCGCCAAUACUCAAAACAGCAAUUGUAUAUGGAUCCUUUUUAGGAAUAUCUGCAAAUAUCCGGUAUCAGGUAAUUGCUGGAUUAGUGGAGCACCGGAUAUCAGACCAGUUUGCAGAUCAAGUAUUUCUUGUAAAUUUGUUGUCUUUUGUAGCUCGAACAAUCAACUCCUACUGGGGAACCCAGCAAUGGAUUGAUCUUGCUCGGUUCACGGGGCUACAGGCUCAGAAGACUGAAGAAGCUUCGUCUCAGUCUCCGGCAUCAGAUUCUCCAAGUAACACGGCAUUGGGCUGUAAUGCCUCCGAUGACACCAAUAUUGAGGACAUUAGCAACCAACAAUAGGUAUAAUCCACACAAACCGGUAUCCCAUAGAAUCCACACAAACCACAUCGUCGAUCCUUAUACAAGGAGAACUGAGAUAAAUAUGUUUAUAUAUUCUUUUGGCACAUGAAGUAUGAAAUAUACACAUUACACUGUAAAGUGGUGGCCAAUCAAAAUUUUGCCGUAUUCUUUUUAAAAGAAUCUAGUGCUUGGUAUAAACUAUCUGCAGAUUAAUGCUUCCUUUCUGGACUCUCAGUGGUCAUGUUAUUAUUUGCUUUGUAAAUAGACGGGCCACUAAACUUCUAAUUGGUUUGGUGUAUUUUGCCACAUUGGCUGUCAACUAGGUUGAAUGAACCUGAAUGUAUUUGUAUUCUGAAACAGUUUACAGAAUACAGUUUACAUUGGCCUAGGACUUUCGUAAGUUUACAGAAACAGUUUUAGAACCCAGCAUAAUCUUGAACACUAAACAUGGUACGUUUAAGCAAAAAGAAUUCUUUGUAUUCUGAUCUAAUCCUCCAGCGGUCUAAAACUUGGACAAGCUCCGUGUCAUCUGUUGGGGUUCUGUUUCAUUUGUCUUCUGUUGCAGCUCCUGUUUAACCUUAUCGAAGGCUGUUUCAAAGUUCUUCAGCUGCAUUAAGACAUCAGUGUCAGCUUCUACUAGAGUACGGGAACCAUAAUACUGAAAGUUUAUCAUUUGGAAGAAUUUCAUACCUGUUGUUUUGCAAAUCUAUUAUGCACAAACAGUCCACUGAAGAGAUCAAAGCUGUCUUUCGCUGUGCUAUCUUU